CCCAGACACUCCCGCAGAUGGAACCCCAGUCGAUAAUCCGAGGACAAGUGGAGGGCUAACAUCGCCUUCAACAAAACGGUUCCUACAAGAUGGCACGCGACGAGUGGGGAAAGGCGUUAUGUUGUAGUUGUUUCUACCUUCUUUUUAGCAUCCUCAGGUCGUUUAGUCUGUUGAGUAAGUGAGUCUUCUACUUCAGGAGCUGAGCAAUUCUUCUGAACCACAUCCCCAAACUGAAAAAGUUGACGCCUGCAUCUGGUAGACAGGACUUGCACCACUAGACAGGACCUAAACUACUCAUGACCAUAACCAACCUGAACUACGACGACGCGUCCUCCCUCUCUCUCCACUCCUUCUGAAAGAAAUCUCUCCCUCCACUCUUUCUAAUACCAAGAUCCAUCUCCAACCAGCACAGCCUGACGAUGCAAAAGGCGGCUUUUUGCCCAUUUUCGGAGGAGAACUACGGUGGAAAUUCUUGGUAAAGGCCUUCAUUAUUUCCGCUAUUUCCGCGUCCGCGUGGUUUCUUAUAGUAGAGCAUGCGCAAGGACGUGGACCGCUUUUGUCCG